AUGAAAGCAUUUAGACUUGUUCAAGAGCAACUGCAAGUAACACCAUAUCCGCGAGUUAACAAAAUAAAGCCAUCGAUUCAUUGGGCAAGGGCUGGUUCGUGCUGCUCAUUGAAACGGUUUUUUGGUGCGGCGGUUGGUUGUGUUGGCGGUGAGCGGCGGGCGAUAUUGGCGAUUGUUUGGCUUGAUCAAGGUGAGAGGAUCUAUCGGACGUGUUCACAACGCGUUGAAUUUUCGUGA